GUGAUUGUUGUCCUGAGAUUCGGUGCAGUGGCAGUCAGUGUCAGUCAGUGCUCGGUCUAUCACGCACAAUGAUCUGGUGGCGGACAAGCUCGGCGGAUACUGAUGUGAAUCCGGACCUGGCCAGUGAGAGAGCCUUCCCGUCCUUCUGUGUGGAGACUCUCACUAACCUGCUGGAUGGCUCUGUGGACAAAACACGCUUGAGGAGAUAUGUGGUUAGCACCAUCUUGAAAGAUCCAGUUUUCAGUAGAGAGGGUCACUAUUUUAAGACGCGUCAAGAGCGAUAUGAAGGGGCCGUGCGCAACAUUCUUCAUCUGAAGCAGAAGAUAAAGGAACUGGGAUGGUUGGAAGAUGGACCAGAAGGUGAAUUUAUUUACAGGGCCAUGGGAGGAGAAGUUGCCCUGAACAUCCACGGUGUCUUUGUAAAAUCUAUUUCGGCGCUGGGGACGGAUGAACAGAUUGCCAAAUGGCUUCCCUUAGCAAAUAAUUGCAACAUCCUGGGCACAUAUGCACAAACUGAACUUGGACAUGGAACAUAUCUACGGGGACUGGAAACCACAGCAACCUUUGACAUUUCCAACCAGCAAUUCAUCAUCAACACACCUCGGAUAACAGCCACAAAAUGGUGGCCUGGAGACCUGGGUAAGACGUGCACACAUGCCAUGGUUCUGGCCCAAUUGAUUAUCAAAGAGAAGAAUUAUGGGAUGCACCUCUUCAUUGUACAGGUUCGAAGUCUGAAGGAUCAUUCACCAAUGCCAGGAAUAACAGUUGGGGACAUUGGGCCAAAAAUGUCUUUUGAACAUAUAGAUAAUGGAUUUCUCAUGAUGAGGAAUAUCCGUGUUCCGAAGGAGAACAUGCUGAGCAGAUUUUCUGAGGUCCUGCCGGAUGGAAUGUACGUGAAACGAGGCUCUGAUAAGAUUAACUAUUUCACCAUGGUCGCUGUGAGGGUGUCGAUGUUGCGCCAAGAGGUUCUGGAGGCGCUGAUGAAGGCCUGUACCAUUUCCAUAAGAUACGCAGCUGUUCGCCGGCAGUCAGAGCUGAAGCCUGGGGAUAGAGAGCCAAAAAUCCUAGAGUACCAAACCCAGCAACAGAAGCUGCUUCCCCUUCUAGCAACUUGCUACGCUAUUCAUUAUACCGUCUGUCACGUCAACAAAGUAUAUGAUGAAGUGUGUGGAGCAAUUCAAGCAGGGAAUUUUGACUCCCUUCCUGAGCUCCAUGCACUGGUUUCAGGAAUGAAAGCAUAUGCCACAGAGACAUGCUCUAAUGGAAUCGAAGUGUGCAGAAAGGCUUGCGGGGGUCAUGGCUACUCCCUUUUUAGUGGCCUCCCCUCCCUCUACACUAAGGUGACUGCUUCCUGUACCUACGAGGGAGAAAACACUGUGCUGCAUCUGCAAGCUGCAAGGUUUUUGAUCAAAUGUUAUGCUGCUGCCCAGUCUGGUCAGUCUCUUCCUCAAAGUGUGGCUUAUCUGUCUUCUCCGAUCUCAGGAGUGUGCCAAGCUACUAGCCACACAGAUUUCCUCAACCCCGAGGUCUAUAUAAAGGCCUAUCAGCACAGGGCCCACAGGCUCAUUGCCUCUGCUGCCUUUAAGAUGCGCAACCUGGUUCAGUUUGGAAUGGAACAAUAUGAUGCGUGGAACAGCACAUCCGUGGAGCUUGUAAAGGCCUCAAUAGCUCAUUCACAUUAUAUUAUUGUGAAGUUGUUUGCUGAUGUAACGGGCUCCUUAUCAAGUUCUCCUGAAAUCAAGAAAUUACUUAAAAGCCUUUGUGACCUUCAUGCACUACAUGGAAUAUUCACCAGCUCUGGAGAUUUCCUUCAGGAUGGGCAUCUGUCUGGCCAUCAGCUGGAGAUGGUCACCGAGGCAUACCUUAGCCUCCUGACGCUCAUAAGGAGAGAUGCUGUUUUGCUGGUUGAUGCCUUCGAUUACGCGGAUCAGCAGCUUCUGUCAGCUCUUGGCAGCUAUGAUGGCAAUGUGUAUCACAAUCUCCUUGAGUGUGCUCAGAAAAACCCAGAUAAUAAGAAGGUGAAUGCCGUCUUUGAAAAUUACCUGAAGCCACAUUUACAAAGCAAUAUAUCAAAACUAUAAAGAGAACCUCAUCCCGAUGUUCUUUUUUGCCUAACCCAUAAAGCACUGGGAUAUGUGAGUGUUGCCUUAAUUAUGAUGAACACCAAAUGUUUCCUGAAGCCUUAACUUACAUCCUGCCAAUUUAUAUUUGCACUUAAACUAUUCUACUAUAAACUGUUCGAUGCCUGGCCUCCUUCUGGGGCAUAAUUCAUAGAAAUGCAGAUUGGGGGAAGGUAGAUGCCAAAAUAACAACCCCCAGCGUUCCCUCCAUCCAACUUCAGCCUUUGUAAUGUGAUUUUACAAAAAUGUUGGUUUUAAUUAUUUUGCUGUCUUCAUAGAAUGAGUGUAAAGAAUACAACUUAUAAUUAUAUAAAAUGCAAAUAAAUCUGCCUUAUGAUGGA